CACUCACACACACAUAUUACUAUAUAUAACGAUCGUAUAGGUGCAACCAGUAUUCACUUCAUAUCUUUCGCUCAUUGGGCUCACUAAUAAAUUAAAUGUAUGUCUCUCCGGCCAUUCGAUCUCCGGCCCUGAAUUAAGCUAGCAAGUCAGCAUUAAAUACAGUAUAUACUACCUAUAUAUCCUAGCUAGUACGUACGUCAAAUAUUUGAAGCUAAAUAUAUAACAGAAAUGAAUCUCUCCGUGAAUGGCGAAUCGCAGGUUCCUCCCGGAUUCCGGUUCCAUCCGACGGAGGAGGAGCUUCUGCAUUACUACUUGAGGAAGAAGGUGGCGUCGGAGAAGAUUGACCUCGACGUCAUUACCGACGUUGAUCUCAACAAGCUUGAACCAUGGGAUAUUCAAGGCAAGAAAAUUCAAACACCAUUACUAACAUAAAUAAAAUGCACAAAUAGAAAGAAAUGUGGAUAUUUUCUUCCUCAAAUAUGUCAGAUUCCUAACUAAGUUCUGUUUAUGCAGUGUGUCUAUGUUUUAGUCCUAUUUGAUGCAAUUCCUUUCAUUACUACUACAUGUAGAGGCUAAUUUGACCAUGACCCCCAUUUUUUUUAGUUAUAUAUGUCCUUCAUAUCAACAUGCAUCAAAUUUUGUCCUUUAUUAUAUCAUCAUGCAUUACAUUCUGGUUCCAUCACUGAUUAUAUAUAUGAAUUUGCGAGCGGUCUCGUAGAAAUGUGCAAAAUAGGAUCAGGACCGCAAAACGACUGGUACUUUUUCAGUCACAAGGACAAGAAGUACCCGACGGGAAGCAGGACGAAUCGGGCAACGGCGGCGGGGUUUUGGAAGGCAACGGGGAGGGAUAAGGUUAUAUACAGCAAUGGGAAGAGAAUUGGAAUGAGGAAGACCUUAGUUUUCUACAAGGGGAGAGCUCCGCAUGGGAAGAAGUCCGAUUGGAUCAUGCAUGAAUAUAGGUUGGACGACACUUCCCGUAAACCCUCCGACUCAAGUUUGACCGGAGAAACGUUGACCGGUGAAGAGGGUUGGGUGGUUUGCCGAGUUUUCAAGAAGAAGAACUAUCACAAGUCUCUUGAAAGCCCUCGUCUUGCCGGCUUUGACCAAGUCCAUCCUGGAAACGACGUCGUUCUUGAUCAGAUUCUCACCUACAUGGGAAAAUCCUCAAUCCAAAACAGGACCAAAAUUAGCAAUAACGGCAGUAAAAAUAAAAAGCUUUUAAUGGACGGCUACGAUGGAAGCAAGGAAUUCACCGGCGCAAUCCCGGCCGCUCGUUUCCUACACCUUCCGGCUCUCGAAACCCAAUCCCCCAAGGAGAUCAUCUCACCUUUCUUGAGUCAACCAUUAUUUGAAGACCUUUUGACCGAGACUGAACCGGCCGAGGAUUUCAAGCUGGCCGCCGGUCCGACCGGUUGGGCGGCUCUCGACCGCCUAGUGGCUUCUCAGCUCGACGGCGGCCAAGUCGAAGCAUCUAGUAAGAGCUUCGCCGCCGCAGGUGAACUUAGCGACAGCUUGUACUUCCCGGCCGCGGAUCACCGGCUGUUCGGUAGCGGAAAUGAUGUUUGUAACCAUUAUAGUUUACAAGUCAACGGCAAUGGCGUUGACUUUUGGAGCUACACCCACUCCUCAUCAUCACCGUCUGAUCCUUUGUCACAUUUGUCCGUAUAAACAGGCGUAUAUCCAACCAUAUAUAGAUACAUAUACGUAUACAUAUACAUACAUGCAUAAUUAUGUGAAGGAACAUUAAUCUCAAUUAAUAAGAUAGUAUUACUAUCGUUGGUUAUAUUUACUAGUUAGUAGUUACUACUGAGUAUAAUAAUAGGAGUACAUAGCUUUUGUAGUCAAAUGAAGUGUUUUGAAAUUAUAUAAACAAGUGAAAUCAUACUUUACUGUACAAAUAAUACAAAUCAAAUAGGAUUUGAAUGAAAUGAAUAUCUUUAAUUUGUUUCU